AUGGGACAGACGGUAACGACUCCACUUAGUCUGACGUUAGAUCAUUGGACAGAAGUGAGAGCGAGGGCACACAAUUUGUCAGUAGAAGUUAAGAAGGGGCCAUGGCAGACUUCCUGUACCUCUGAGUGGCCCGCCUUUGACGUUGGGUGGCCCCCAGAGGGGACUUUUGACCUCUCCACUUUACUUGCAGUAAAAGCUGUUGUUUUUCAGAAUUCGUCUCAAGGACAUCCGGAUCAGCAACCCUACAUUGUGACCUGGCAGGAGUUAGUGGAAAAUCUACCACCCUGGGUAAAGCCCUGGGUGCAAAAGAGAAUGGGCUCUCAAGUCUUAGUGGCCCAGGCUCAACCUCAGAGCAAGGAAAAAGAAACUACCAAAAUUCACCCUGACACUCAAGAUUUACUCAUGGUUGAUGAUCCCCCUCCCUACCCUCCUGCCCCAGCCCCAGCGCCCUCAGCCCCGAUGCCUCCAGCCCCGGCGCCCCUAGCCCCAGCGCCCCCAUUGCCUCUAGUUUCAGGCCCCGGGGCAAUGGGACCGCCUCUGGGACCGGCCCAGGGAACUCGACGCUGCCGAGGGGCCACAGUGGACCCACCGGGUAUUUUUCCUCUCCGGUCUUAUGGGGCCCCCAUCCUCAGAGAGGAAGGGGACCCACCUUUCCAACCUCUGCAAUAUUGGCCAUUCUCCUCUGCUGAUUUAUACAACUGGAAAGCUAACCACCCUCCUUUUUCAGAAGAACCGCAGAAACUAACUGGACUGAUAGAGUCCCUAAUGUUUUCUCACCAGCCCACUUGGGAUGACUGUCAGCAGCUCUUGCAGGUGCUCUUCACCACGGAAGAAAGAGAAAGGAUCCUCCUGGAAGCACGAAAGAACAUGCCUGGAACUGACGGACGACCAUCACAACUCCCUCAUGAUAUAGAAAGGGGGUUCCCACUGACCAGACCCAACUGGGACUUUAAUUCUCCAGAAGGUAGGGAGCGACUAACCAUCUAUCGCCAGGCUCUGGUGGUGGGUCUUCGCGGGGCCGCGAGGCGCCCCACCAAUUUGGCCAAGGUAAGAGAGGUCAGUCAGGGAGCCGCUGAGGCGCCUGCAGUGUUCUUAGAAUGCCUGAUGGAAGCCUUCAGGCGGUAUACUCCCUUUGACCCCACUUCUGAGGAGCACAGUGCCUCAGUGGCUCUUGCUUUUAUUGGGCAAUCAGCACCCGAUAUUAGAAAGAAGCUUCAGAAAUUGGAAGGCUUACAAGAUUUGUCGCUGAGAGAUUUAGUGAAAGAAGCUGAGAAAGUUUAUCAUAAGAGAGAGACUGAGGAAGAGAAGGAAUUGAGGAAGGAGAAAGAAAGAGAAAGUAAAGAGGAAAAAAGGGACAGGAAGCAUGUGAAAAAUUUAACAAGGAUCUUGGCCGCAGUGGUAGAAGGAAAGGGACGCCCGCCCUCUAGCGGCAGAACUAGUAAGGCAGGGCACCUGGGCAACCGGCCUCCUUUGGAUAAAGAUCAAUGUGCAUAUUGCAAGGAAAAAGGGCACUGGGUAAAAGAAUGCCCUAAAAAGCCACUAAAAAAGCCUCCGAAAAAGGUGUUGUCUCUGCUGGAAGACAAAGAUUAGAGAAGACGGGGCUCGGAGCCCCUCCCCGAGCCCAGGGUAACUCUGAAAGUGGAGGGGCAACCCCUUGAGUUCCUGGUAGACACCGGUGCUCAACAUUCUGUAUUGACUCAAACAAAGGGCCCCCUCUCUGAUAGAAAGUCUUGGGUGAUCGGGGCUACGGGCCAGAAACAAUAUGUGUGAACUACCUGAAGAACAGUAGAUUUAGGAGUAGGACGAGUAAACCACUCGUUCCUUGUCCUACCGGAAUGCCCCACACCCCUGUUAGGAAGAGACAUCUUAACCAAAGUGGGGGCCCAAAUAUCCUUUCAAGCUGGGGAACCUCUGGUGACCAAUCAAGAGAAUAAACCUUUGAGCUUAAGUGUCCUGACCAUAAGAUUAGAAGAUGAAUACCGUCUCUUUAAGGGACCAGAGCCCUCCAAAAUUAGUCAGGAGUAG